AUGAAUUACCAAGAGAUUGGCAACCACAGCAAGGUGACUGAGUUCAUUCUCGUGGGGCUGUCCAGACAGCCCGCCUCUCAGAUUUCCCUCUUCUGGACCCUGCUCUUUGUCUAUGUGGUGACGCUGCUGGGGAACAGUGCCAUCCUGGUGGCAGUGUGGGGGGAGUCUCGGCUCCACACCCCCAUGUAUUUCUUCCUCGGGAAUUUGUCCUUCCUGGAUCUCCUCUUCUCCACAAGCACAGUUCCACUCGUCAUGAUGAAUGCCUUGUGGGAUUUUCCGACCAUCUCCUACAAUGACUGCUUCACCCAACUAGCCUUCAGAGCCUUCUUGGCACUGGCUGAGUGCUUCCUCCUUGCCAUCAUGGCAUAUGACCGCUUUGUGGCGAUCUCAACCCCUCUGUGUUACCCUGCGGUCAUGAACAUCCGAGUCUGCAGGGGCCUGGCAGUAGCCUGCUGGACAAUGGCCCUCGUGGUCACUGUCAUUCCAAUUUUGACCGUGCCUGUGAGUUUCUGUGGGAGAAACGCCAUAAACCACUUCUCCUGCGAAGUCCAAGCCAUCUUCAAACUGCUCUGCUCAGACACCAGCUUGCUGGAGAGUCUGAUGAUGGCUUCUGCCACCAUCUCCAUGCCUGUGCCUUUGGCCUUCAUCUUGGCCUCUUACCUGCGCAUCAUUGCAGCGGUACUCAGGAUUCAUCCCCUAAAGGCCAGGCUCAAAGCCUUUUCCACCUGCGGUUCCCACCUGACCACAGUAGCCAUCUACUUUGGGACACUCAUCUAUAUUUAUCUGAAACCCCAAAGCAAAGAAUCCCAAGAUGGGGACAAACUCUUCUCCAUAUUUUACGCGGUGGUGACCCCCAUGUUAAAUCCCCUUAUUUACACCCUCAGAAACAAAGACAUGAAAUUUGCCCUCAGGAAAGUCUUCUUCAAGACAAAAUCUUUGGAGUAG